AUGGAGAAAACAGGUGAUGUUAAUGUUAGCGGUAACAAAUGGCUUAGACUCGUCCGGUGGCAUCAAGAGAAGAAAGUGAACGAGGAAGGAGAAGAUGGAGCCAAAGAUGAAGGGAAACCUAGCAUCGCUCUGGAGUUGAAAGUUAAUUGGAGAGAGUUGGCGGUUGAUCCGGCAGAAAAGUUUUAUUACGUCUGGCUACAGGUCAUGAUCUUCCCUAUUCUCUACAACUGGGUGAUCAUUAUUUUGAGAACAUGCUUCACGGGAAUUGCAAUGAGCUACCUGCCUGUGUGGCUUACACUGGACUAUCUGUCAGACCUCAUGUAUAUUGUUGACAUGAUCAUCACUGUUCACACAGGUUACUUGGAUCAGGGUAUCCUGAUAAUAGAUCUAAAUCAACUGAAGAAGCGGUACCUGCACUCAAAACAUUUCUUGAGGGACUUGAUUUCCGUCCUGCCCACAGACCUUCUCUACUUUCUCUUUGGCAUCCAAACACCAAUGGUGAGGAUCAACCGCCUUCUGCGCAUGCCACGACUCAACGAGGCCUUGGAUCGCAUGGAGACAAGAACCUCCUACCCCAACACCUUUCGCAUCACCAAGCUCAUGAGCUACAUAUUUGUAUUGAUCCACUGGAAUGCCUGUCUCUACUUUGCACUUUCCAACUACAUUGGUUUCGGAAGUGACCGUUGGGUCUACCCAAACAUCUCCAAUCCAGAGUUUGCCUCCAUGCGCCGUCAGUACUUUUACUGCUUUUGGUUCUCUGCCCAGAUUUUCACCACAGUAGGAGACACUCCCCUGCCAAAAAGGGAAGAGGAGUACUGCUUUAUGAUUGCAGACCUGCUCAUUGCUGUGCUGGUAUUUGCAUCCAUUGUUGGCAACGUUGGUAAUGUUAUCUCAAGCCUACGAGACCGUGAUAAUGUAUUUUUCCCAAACCAUGAGCUGGUGAAGGCAUACCUACGUAGCCAUCACAUUAGCAAGGAACUUCGUCAGCGUAUCGACAACUGGUACCAGCAUCUGCACAUCAACAAGAAGAUCAUGCGAGAGAAUGAAAUCCUAGAGCAGCUGCCUGUGCACCUGAGGACAGAGAUCGCUGUCAGCGUUCACCUCUCCACGCUUUCCAAAGUCACCAUCUUCAAGAGUUGUGAGAAAAGUCUGCUGGAGGAGCUGGUGCUUAAGCUAACACCUCAGGUGUUCAGUCCAGGAGAAUAUGUCUGCAGAAAAGGAGACGUGGGCCAUGAGAUGUACAUCAUCAGAGAGGGAAAACUUGCAGUUGUAGCAGAUGAUGGGGUCACCGAGUUCGCUGUGCUGACUGACGGGAAUUUUUUCGGUGAAAUUAGUAUCCUCAACAUCAAAGGUAACAAGUCAGGCAACCGUCGCACUGCCAACAUCCGAAGCAUCGGCUACUCUGACCUGUUUAGCUUGUCUAAAGAAGAUCUUACUAAGGUGUUAUCUGAGUUCCCUGCAGCCAAACAUCACUUGGAGGAGAAAGGAAGACAGAUCCUCACCAAGAUGGGCAUGUUGGUGGAGAGUGGGGAGGGAGAGCAGCAGGAGGAAGAGAAAGUGGAAACCAAGAUAAAAAGGCUGGAGAGCAUCUUGGAGGUGUUGCAAACCAAACUAGCUCGACUGAUGAUGGAACUAGAGUCGAGCAGCCGAAAGAUGCAGGCCAGGGUUGAGCAAUUGGAGAGGGAGGUGGCAGCGCUGGAGACUCAGCUGCCAGAAGAUGGGGUAGAGGCAGAAACAGCAGAGGGAAGAGGUGAAGGGGUGGGAGAGGAGGUUGAGUGGGAGCGAGAAGAGGCAGAAGGUGAGGAAGAGGAGGGUUCACAUCCAAAGGUGAAAAAUCAGAAACAGACAGAAGAUAGCAAUGAAGUGACCAAGGAGGGAGACGGAGAGAGCACAAAAAGCGCAAAAGAAGAUGUAGAGAGGCUAGUUGAGGGAGAUAAAUCAGGGCUGAAGCACCCAGAUGACAAGGAAAAGAGAAAACACGACGAUGGAGACAAAACCAGAGAAAAAGGAGAUGAUAGACCUGGGAAAGGAGAUGGAGCUGAGAUCAGACCUGAAGAGGAGAAAGAGGAUAAAAGUAGAGAAAGAGAAUCUGAAGUGGGGAAAGAAAAGGCUGUAAAAGAAAAAAGAGGAAAGGGGCCGAAAGAUGAAGAGUAG